GAUAUAAAUGGCCUUGAAACUGGCCUGAAGUUAGUAAUGUAUACUUUCUUGAUCAAAAAUACUAAAAAUACAGCAUUUGCUUUUGAUUAUUGCAACUAGAAACAUCAUUUUAUUGUAUGAAUAUGGUAUUUAGAGUUAAAUUAUUGUAUUUUUUUGGAGUUGUGGUUUUUAAAACUUUAAAACCGUUUUCUCUUGUAAACAAUUUUUUUCUGCGGCAUGGAAAAUAAGAAAGAAUUGAGACUACAUUCCAAUAUUGAAGACUAUUUAUCAAAGGCUAACCUCUACUUAUUUGAUGUAGAAGAACAAACUGCGAUGUUCAAGUCCAGAAUAAACUUUUAUAAAGAAGAAAUUGCAAAAAUGGAGUCUGCACUAUCAAGGCUACAUUUAAUUGAAGACCAAUCAAAAAUACUUGAGGAGCCUUCAGAAGUGGUUAAAAAAUUGGCUAACCUCCAAAACAAAUUCGAUUUGAAAGAGUUAACUCCAAAUGCUGUGGUUCUGUCUCACGUUGACAAGCUUAAAGAACGAAACAACUAUUCAGCAAAGUUAAAAAUUUGCAUCAAAAUGUAUAUCCAAUUAAAUGAAGAACUUACAAAAAAGAUACAACACUUAAAAAGUGAGCAUAAAAAGGCAGAAAACACAAUUAACAACAUUGUUACUGCAACACCAGAUGACCUGAAAACAAUGGAAGUGAAAAUAAACAGAUAUGAGAACGCAUUAACUAAAUUGGAGAAAAAAUAUCCUUGGUUGAGGAAUGAAAAGUAUAGUUUAGUCUAUUUUUCAAAAGAAAUUAAUUUACUGAUUAGUGCAAAGAAAGAAAAAGAGGAAUUAGUUAAGGAGUUGAGCCCUUAUCAUGGAUUGAAGCCCGACUUGCAGGAAGCUAGUGAACAACUUGCACAAAUUAAGUGUGAAUACGAGGCAAUGAGUAAAAAAUUAAUGAAUUGAUGACGCAAUCACGUUUACGUUGUAUUUAUUUUAUGUGUGUAAUAAUAUAAUAUGGAUUUUUUUGUUUGUGAUGCAACACAUUAUACAUAUUUGUCAAGUUACCAAAAUGUUGGGUGACCAAGAAGGAGUGUUCGAGUUGGCAAAACAACAUUAUUUGACACUUAAAAACGCCAUUGACAUUCAAUUAAAACAACGAAGUUCUGGCAUGUCUGGUUGCAGUGUUGCAAACAGAAAACUUUCUUAAGGUUCCAGACCCUUUCAGAGCUGGCGUGUACAUAUUAGUAUUACAUGUACAUUUUUUUUUGCCGCAAAUUUAGACUUGAAGAGUUUCUUUCAUGUUUGCACUGUUUCUUUAUAGGUAAAUACAGAUCUCUAUUAUCUUUUUUUUUUAAAUAAAUUAUUGAUAAAUUUUACUUACUUACCACAUGAUAUGGGAUUUUAUUUAUAUAUUUUUUUAUUGAAUAACAUGUGAAAACCUUAUUUUUCGGAUAUUCUUGAGCUCUUGAUAUUUUAGAAAUUGUUUUAUAUACCUAAUAAUUAAGUAU